AUGGCAUCGGAAUUGACAUUGGCAUUGCCCAGGUUUGUGGCUCUGAAAGGAGACAAUGGUCAGUAUAUGUGCGUUGGUGAAAUCCAGGGGCGACAACAUUUGCAGUUUACAGCAAGUGAUAUCAGUGAUCCAAAUGUAGCUAUGGAAAUCUUGCCUGCAAACGAUGGGAACGUCCGCAUCAGGCAUAUUUCUUCAGGUAAAUUUUGGAAUUUGGGUUACAAUGAUUUUAUUUUGGCAGAUGCAGAUAAAACUAGCGAUUCCGACAACAACACCUUGUUUCGACCCAUCAAAGUUAACACCAAAUCAAUCGCUUUUAUAAACCACGGCAACAAUCAGUUCUGUAAGCGCUACAGUGCAGGCUCUUUGAUGAUCAGCGACUUCAAAGCAAGCAUCGAUAUUACAGACUUUUUUGCUCGGCUAAAGGUGGAAGAGACUGUCACCAAGAGGGAGAUUUUUAAUAUCAAAUACCGCCUCGAUAAAUCCAGGGUCUACGACAAUGAAACCGUAGUCUUGGUUGAGAAACCUGUAAUCAGCCGUAACCCCAAUUCGAGCACUCCCGUGGAAUUGACGCUCAGCUAUGAAGAUGUCAAGUCUAAUAUAUGGAAGACUAAUCUUUCGCUCAAGUUGGAGGCGAAAGGGACCUUCGACGUCACCAGCUUUCCGAUCAUCAUUGUCGAUGGGAGGGUCCAAUCACUCAAUCAAGAACAAAGAGGAAAUGAGUUGGACGAGACCAUGAUUACGACCACAAUAAAGAAAGUUGUGCACAAAUUUGAUUUGCCCCCCAACACUAAGGUGGUGCUGAGUUUGACUGCAACAAAGGGCAAGUGUGAUGUUCCCUUCACAUUCACGCAACGUGACACUCUGAUCAACGGGAACACUUACACAACUGAAGUGGAAGAUGCCACUUACACUGUUUCUAAUUACUACAACCUCCAAUUUCAGACCAGAGAAGAACCGAUUGACGCCUAG